AUGGGUCACAAUCACAAAAGAAUAACACUCUCAUUCCCGGGCCCAAAAAUAAGCUCACGAAUCACGAGAGAAAUCGUGCACCGGCGAACUGAGAACCUCUCAAUGGCCCCAACCGCCGUCUUCUCCGACUCCGAAUCCAGCAGCAGCGGCGGCGAGGACUCCACCGCCCGCCGCUUAGAAGUAGAGAACUCCAUCCUCUCCGGUUAUCUCAAGAUCUCCGGCCAUGGCCGCCCAGAUCUCUCCAAGAUCCGCUCCAUCCUCUCCUCCUCCUCCUCCUCCUCCUCCUCCUUCUCCGCCUGCCUCAUUUGUCUCGACCGCGUACGCCCCGACCAUCCCAUCUGGUCUUGCUCCUCCGGAUGCCACGCCGUCUUCCACCUCACCUGCAUCCAGUCCUGGGCCUCUCAACCCCCUUAUCGCCCCUCUGCCGCCUCCUCCGACUGGCCUUGCCCCAAAUGCCGUCUCUCUUAUUCCAAAACCCUGAUCCCUAGAUCCUAUUAUUGCUUCUGUGGCAAGGUUGAGAACCCGCCGGUGAAUCCUUGGGCGUUGCCGCACUCGUGUGGUGAGCUCUGUGAACGCGCUCUCCGUCCGGAGUGCGGUCAUCACUGCCUCCUCCUUUGCCACCCCGGCCCUUGCCCUCCUUGCCCUCAACUUGUCACCUCGUCUUGCUUCUGUGGCUCUGUCUCCGAUGUUCGUCGCUGCGCGCAUAAGUAUUUCUCUUGCGGCAAGCCCUGUUCGAAGCCUCUUGAUUGCGGUCUGCAUCACUGCCCUGAACGCUGCCAUGAAGGCCCCUGCCCGCCGUGCCGGGUGAAGGGUGUUUGUAAGUGCGCGUGCGGGAGGACGAAGGAGGAAAGGGAAUGCUGUGAGCGAGGGUUUCAAUGUGAGAAUCCCUGUGAAAGUUUGCUUGCUUGUGGAAAGCAUAGGUGUGAGCGUGGAUGCCAUUCGGGACCUUGCGGGGAUUGCCCCUUGCGAGGGAGGAGGACUUGUCCCUGUGGAAAGAAGGAAUACAAGGGUGUUUCUUGUGAUGUAAAUGUGCCAACUUGCGGGUCGACAUGCGAGAAGUUGCUGAGUUGUGGGCUACACCGGUGUCCAGAGCGCUGCCAUCGAGGGCCAUGCGUGGAGACUUGUCGGACUGUUCUUAUAAAGUCCUGCAGAUGCGGGAGCUUGAAGAAGGAGGUCCCUUGCUAUCAAGAUUUGGUGUGUGAAAGAAAAUGUCAGCGAACUAGGGAUUGUGGAAAACAUGCUUGUAGACGUCGCUGCUGUGAUGGGAGUUGUCCUCCUUGCCCGGAGAUUUGUGGCAGGAAACUUCGAUGUAAUAAUCAUAAGUGCCACUCUCCGUGUCACAGAGGUACUUGUGCUCCUUGCCCCUUGAUGGUGACCAUCCCAUGUGCAUGUGGGGAAACAUCUUUUGAGGUCCCCUGUGGACUUGAAAUGAAUCAAAAGCCUCCACGAUGUCCAAAGCCUUGCCCUAUACCUCGUCUUUGUAGACAUAAAUCACAGUGUCGGCCCCAUAGAUGCCAUUAUGGAUCCUGUCCACCAUGCCGGCUAGUUUGUGGUGAGGAUUUUUCUUGUGGUCAUAGUUGUAGACAAAGAUGCCAUGGCCCCAUGCCUCCUCCAAACCCUGAAUUUACACUAAAACCAAAGAAGAAGAAGAAGAUGGAUAGACACGUCGAAUGCACACCAGGUUCACCAUGUCCUCCUUGUCAAGAAGUUGUUCUGAAAUCAUGCCUUGGCCAACACCUUGAACGGACGAUGCUUUGCUCCAAUAGAAAGAGGUUUUCCUGUGAUAACUUGUGUGGAAAUAUUCUCCCAUGUGGGAAUCACUUCUGCACAAAAUCUUGUCACCUUAUUAAGACUCAGCCGUGCCUAACAUCAGAUGCUGAAAGUGAACUGGCAGAAUCCUGUGAUGAGUGCUUUCUUCCUUGCCAAAAGGUUAGGGAACUUGCAUGCCCACAUCCUUGUCCCCUGCCAUGUCAUUCCGGUAACUGCCCCCCAUGCAAGGUUCUUGUUAAACGAGCCUGUCAUUGUGGUUCCAUGGUGCAUGUUUUUGAAUGCACAUACUACAAUAGUUUAUCUGAUGAUGAACAACAAAGAAAACGGUCCUGUGGUGGCCCCUGCCAUAGAAAAUUACCGAACUGCCCGCAUUUAUGCUCAGAAAUAUGUCAUCCUAGUCAAUGCCCAUCUGGUAAUCAGUGUAAUAAAAAGGUUACCGUUCGUUGUGCUUGUAAUAAUCUAAAAAAAGAGUGGGUCUGCCACGAUGUUCUGAAGGCAUACCGCAAUUCAGGCCGUGAUCCAAAGGACAUCACAAAGAAUCAAUUUGGAAAUGGACUACUUCCUUGCAAUGCAGAUUGUGCAAGCAAACUCAAGGUUGCUGCUGCUGAGACAGAAUUACGUCUCCGUAAAACUGAAAUCAUUCAGAGCACACCUAAUGAAGUCACAAAAGUGCCAAAACGCAGAAAGAAACGUGAACAAGUUCAAGAAGUCAGGCAUAAGUCCACAUUCCAGGUUAUCAAAACCACCCUAUGGAAAUCACUCAUGUUCACACUCCUAAUCCUGGUGAUCUUAGCAACAGCAUACUUUGGCUACAAGGGUCUAUUCUUGCUAUCAGACUGGAUGAACGAACUCGACUAUAGACGUCUUCGACAACAUCCAAGAUUUUAACUCAGCAUAACAUUUUAUCAUCAAAUUCAUUACCCAAGAGAAGGUUUUGAAUCCAAGCCAAAGCCAUCAUCAUCCUCUGUUCCUCUCCUUCAACUCCAAGCAAAAGUACCCAAAAGUCAUCCCAAAC